GAGAGGUCAGAUCUUCGGAUCCACCUCCGAGGGCUGGGUCACGGUGAAGGGCAACGCUGGGACCGUCUUUUUGGAACCCUGCAAGAAGCACUAUGCGAUCUUGGAGCCGACGCAGCUGGAGAAGUCCCGACGGCUGAAAGUCCAAGAGGUCGUGGAGGUAUCAGACACCAAAGAAGAGACCCGACCUGUUGAGCAGCGCAUCAAAGUGAAGUCAACUGAUGGCCAGAUCGGUUGGGUCCGUCUUCAUCCAAGCUCCUGGAAGUUGUGGUCAAAGCACUACACCGUGCGGGCCGCGCAAAGCCUCAAAGAUAAAGACAAAGUGCUCCGCGAGGUGACAAAGGGAGAACACCUGCUGGCCCUCGGGCUGCCGAGAAGAGAGGAGGAUGUCUUGAAAGUUCGGGUGCGAACGAAGAAGGAUGGUCUAGUGGGCUGGGUUGUCGUGCGCGACAAGCAGCAACUGCUAGAUUUCUGACUAAAAUGCGCAGCGCGGGCGGCCGCCUGCGGCCUUCUGGAUGGGAUCCUUUGGAUGUGGUGGAGUCCACCGUGUAGAAAGUGAAUUGC